GAAGAAGAAUUACUACUUAGCCAACUUGUUUUUCGAUGUUUUUAUCAGUAGACAAAUAUUUUAAAGAGAAUUAUUCAUAUCUUUAAAACGUUUACACCCAGAAAAUAUUAUAAUACUUACAUAUAAUAUGACUCUUUCGAAUUACAUUACGUGCUUUCUUAUAUUUUUUAUCUUAGAAGCUGUGCAAUGUGAAUGGAACACCAAAGAUUUUAUGAGACAAGAACAUUCUCUAAUAAAGCCUUACUAUAAGGGAAUGUAUGUACCAAAGUGGGAUAUUACUGGUUAUACUGUAAUUGCUGAUCAGCAACAUAUACGAUUAACUGAAGAUAAACAAAGUCAAAGGGGCUCUAUUUGGAAUGCUGUGCCAUUAAAGAGUAAAAACUGGGAAUUACAAGUACAGUUCAAAGUACAUGGUAAAGGUCAUAAAGAUUUGUUUGGAGAUGGACUUGCUAUAUGGUACACUAAAGAUCGAUUACAGGAUGGGCCAGUAUUUGGUAGUAAAGACUUUUUUAGCGGUUUAGCCAUAUUUUUAGACACAUAUAGCAACCACAAUGGACCACACAAUCAUCAACAUCCAUACAUUUCGGCUAUGAUUAAUAAUGGAACUAUGCAUUAUGACCAUGACCGUGAUGGUACUCAUACACAAUUGGCUGGUUGUGAAGCGAAAUUCAGAAAUUUGAAUUAUGAUACAUAUAUAGCUAUUCGCUAUGAGAAUGAUGUUCUUACAGUGUCAACUGAUAUUGAAAAUAAAGCAGCCUGGAGGGAAUGCUUUAAAAUUGAAGGUGUACAGUUACCAACUGGAUAUUACAUAGGGGCAUCUGCCAGCACUGGUGAUUUAUCAGAUACUCAUGAUAUUCUGGCUAUUAGAUUGUAUGAUCUGGAUUCUCCAGAUGAUCCAAAAGAAGACCGCUCUAAUAUUAUACCAUCGGCUGCAUUCUUUGAUCAGCCUAGAGACCAUGUAGAUGAUCCCAAGCCAUCAACAUCCGGUGUCAAAAUAUUUUUAUACACAGUAUUUGGACUGAUUAUGUUAAUAGUGAUUGGUGUGGUUGGAAUAAUGUAUUACCAAAAACAGAGUGAGAGAAAUAGGAAAAGGUUUUAUUAAUUUAUUUCAAGUAUUUUGUGUCAAAAUGAAUAAUUUGGGGUGUGUUUUUAAUUUAUGAAUUUUUUUUGGUAUAAGUUAAAUAAAAUUAAAGAUAUUAGA